AUGGUCAAGCUGCUGACGCCCGGAUUUCCGAUGCGGCGGCCGUCCGGCCUCGUGCGGUACGGUGUCUUAGCGGCCAUCUUCCUGCUGGCCUUGUACACCUUCAGCCCCAGCUCGCCAGAUAUUUCCCGUCUGCCACCCUCAUUUGACCAGACCGCACCAAACCGUCCGCUGCCGAAUCCUGCGCCAAACUACAAUGGCCCUGCGCCCGUUGGAGGCGCGAAAACACCACUCUUCACGGCGUCGCCAUCGCCAGAUGCCACGAAUCCGAAUUCCCCUGGCCGGAAGCCCAUCCAAGAUGCCUUCCCUGUCGGCGCUCCUCCUACCAGCGGCGGCCAUCCCAUUGACAAGCUGGUGUAUGACGCCCAGAUGACUUUCGCCGAGCUCAUUUCCAAAGAAUCCAAAACCGUCGAAGAGGCUGCCAAGGCCUAUCGCAAGCGCCGUGGCCGCCACCCGCCGCCCGGCUUCGACAAGUGGUACGAAUUUGCUCGCUCCAAGAACGCAAUCAUCGUCGAGGAUUUCUUUGAUCGAAUCUACCAAGAUCUCCAACCCUUUUGGGGUCUUGACCCCGCCGUCAUCCGCAAGGAGGCCUGGGACUUUGAAAUGACAAUCAACAUCCGAGACGGCAAUGCCACCGCUAAAAGCGACUUCUUCUGGACCAAGAUUUGGCUCAAAAUGAUCAAGACCAUCGAUCACUUGUUGCCUGACAUGGAUAUCGCGCUGAAUGCCAUGGAUGAGCCCCGACUAGUUGUUCCCUGGGAGGACAUGGCCGGCUACAUGAAGAACGCUUCCAAGACGAUCAAGAUACCCAAGUCUAAAGACGUCAUUCGCGAAUUCCAGCAACUGCCUCGCCCCGGCACUGGCGACCCCGAGGUCAAAACGCGCAGCAAGAACUGGGAAAAAACACAACCCUACUGGGCUAUUGCUCGACGUGGCUGUGCUCCGGAUAGUCCCUCUCAGGUGGAGGGCCUCGUAAAAACUGCCGAUAAGAUGCCUUCGAUCAAUUUGACAUAUGCCGAACCCCACAUGUACAAGGGAUUCGUCUCCAACUUUACACUGUCUACGGAAAUUUGCCAUCAGCCAGAUCUGCAGGCCUUGGAGGGCAUCUUCAUCGAGCCGCUUUCUACAUCGGCCUCCAAGGUCUUGUUCCCCAUGUUUGGUGGCUCCAAAUUGGGAGUCAAUAACGAAAUUUUGCUACCCGCUCCCAUGUACUGGAACGAGGAAGAGCGCUUCACUGGCGGUGAUAACCAUGGCGUUGAAUGGGCGGAGAAAGAAAACAAGGCCAUCUGGCGCGGUGUUGCAACAGGCGGCAAGAAUACGGUACAUAAUUGGCGAGGGUUCCAACGCCAUAGAUUUGUCGCCAUGAACAACGGCACGACAGUUGCACGUGUUGAAAGGGGAGAGAAGGCGGAGAAUUUUGCGUUGCCGAGCGAGGAAUACAACUUGCAGGCGCAAAAGGACCGCAAGCUGGGCGCAUGGAUUAACCAAUGGUCCAACAUCAGCUUCACCGAUCUUAGCUGUUCGCCACCGCAAAACGGAAAAUGCAACUACACUGGCCACUACUUCAAGCCAACCAAGGGAAUAAAGAUGGGAGAACAGUUCAAGUCAAAGUACAUUCCGGACAUUGACGGAAAUUCCUUCUCCGGCCGCUAUCUUGGUUUCUUGCGAUCUACUUCUCUCCCCAUCAAAGCCACCAUCUGGCAUGAGUGGCACGACAGCCGUUUGGUUGCGUGGAAGCACUUUGUUCCCAUGGACAGCCGUUUCCUUGAUUACUAUGGCAUCAUGGAGUACUUCCUCGGAUACGAGGGGCGCAACGGCCACGACCGAGUCGCAGAAAAGAUUGCUACCGAGGGCAAGGAGUGGGCUGAUCUAGUGCUGCGAAAAGAAGACAUGCAGGUCUAUGUAUUGAGGCUGCUCUUUGAGUACGCUCGCCUGCUUGACGACAAGAGAGAAAGUUUGGGAUGGGUUGAUGACAUCCUCAAAGACCCUUCAUUGGAGAAGACUUGGAAAUGGUGGUGGUAA